AUGCCGGCCCCACUGGAUCUCAGCAAAUCCAAGCUGUCAAUAUCCAACCCGCGGAUGAACCUGCGGCGAUCUGCCUCACACCACAACUCCAGUUACGAGAAGGUCCCCUUGUCCGCCACUUCUUCGCGCUUCAGCUUCAACCACCUCCUCUUCUCCUCGCCGCCACCAUCGCCGAGCUUACCAGCCCUCAUCCCGCCUCCCAGGAAGUCACCCAUUCACCCGCGACCCAGCCGUGUAUUCCGGUUCACCUUCUGGGCUGCGUUCGCGGCCCUGCUGUUCUACUUUGCAACAUUUCCUUUCCGAAGCAGCUUCGGCACGCCGGAGCUGAACAUUCCACACCUCGCCACACAUGAAGACUUCGAGAUGGUGGGGCAGGAUGACCUGCCCGACUUUCCCACCCCUAUCGUCAUUACUGAUCACAGCGGGAAAUCCAAGUGGACUGUAUCAGUCCCCCCGAGUUACGACUUUCCAUUGUCGGUGAAGGAGUAUGGAGACAUGUGCAGCAAGUGCCGAGAGGUUGCUGCUCGUGUGAGCGAUAUGCGCCACCGGGCCAAGAUUCUCGAUCAGAACUUCCUGAGUCCCGAGGCUCCGGCCGACCCGUACUUCGUCGAUGUGGCGGAAGCUCAGAAGUCGGGCCUUCUCCCAGACGUUGCCAACAGCAGAUGGCCGAGCAAGGGACAGGGCAGAGAUGGAGAUCUGGUUGGGGAGAACAAGGACUCGCUGGUAGAGAAGCCCAUCUGCCACACCUCAAUGACCUUCAUUUUGGAGACGGCAGAUGCUGGGAUCGGACACACCAUUAUGCAGCUUUGGACCUUCUACGGUCUUGCACAGAGACAAGGUAGAGCCUUCUUCAUCGAUGAUUCUCGCUGGGCGUACGGCAAGUACACCGACAUCUUCCAGGCGCCCCCAGUUCCAAACUGCCGUCCUCCACCCCGCCACGAGAUGAUUCCUUGUCCUCCCGGAGCUCGUCAUCUCGUUGUCACCUCCGAGACGGUCAAAGAGCUUUGGGCCGGUUCUCUUAGCAAACCCUACGCCGACUUCCGAGCCCAGGACGAGGAGGGAGUGCGAAAGCUUUUCGACUUGGCACACGAGGGCUACCGGGCCCUGUUCGAUCUCAACAAGGACGACACGCAGUACGUUCUCAACAGGGUCAAGGAAAUCAAGGCAAAGGCACUCACUGGAAACGCCAACCCGAACGACGGUCUUAUUGUUGGAGUUCAUGUCCGUCAUGGCGACUGCCACCCGCUCGAAUACCAAUACCGCGGGACCUACAUCCCUAUGGAGAUCAUCGCCAACCGCGCUCGUGAGAUCAUCGAGGUCAACUACAACGAGUCCGGAAGGGACGGCGCCGACGAUGAGCUCGCCAAGAAAAAGUCGUUCGUUGUUCUGGCGUCCGAUGACCCUACGGUCUACGAUUCCGAUGACUUCAAGGGCUCCAUGCGUGCCCAGGAGCAGAUCCGUCUUGCCUCCAAGCAGGAGACCCACAAGGAGACGCCUAAUAGGCAUGUCAUGCAUCGAUUCGAGGACGAGUCCUUCGGCUGGGAAGGCGGCUUCUUCGCCGCCAUGUUCUGGAACCUUGGUCUGUCGUCCAUGAGCGCCUCCAACGCCGCGACAGCCAAGAAUAAGCAGCUGGCUCCGUCGGCCGAGACUCUUCGUCUUCGGGGCUACGUUGGCCGUGCGUACAUGAUGGACCUUGCGGUGCUUGCCAGUGCGAGCGAUGCUAUCGUCUGCACCGUAAGCGCUAUGGGGUGUCGUCUGCUUGCAGUCAUGAUGGGGUGGGAGUCCGCCAUGGAAUCGGGAAACUGGGUCAAUGUUGACGGCCCAUAUGGAUGGACCGGCUUGUCCAUCUAA